AUGUCCAACAGUCGCACUCCACAUCCACCACCCUCAAGGUUUCCUCCUCGACCUCCUAGAGCUCGUCCAUUCGAAUUAAUUGCGAUGCAGCCUCCUGUUAGGCAUCAUGGUUAUUCAAAUAAUUUUAAUUAUUCUCAUACUUCUCGGCCAAACGUACCACGUGACGAACUAGAUAGCCAGCUAGUUCGCUUAGGAGUUUUCAAAUCAAAUGAGGAGUCAGCAGCACCUGGAUCAAAAUUUCUUACUCAAGCAUAUGAUGGUAUUCACAAUGAGUCUCGUGGGACUGGUGUAGCGAAACAUGUAAUUGCCGAUGGCAAAUUAGCUAUUUUUGGUGCAUCGACUGGUCAAAGAUAUGCAUUUAACAUGCAAGUAUUGCUGUUUUAUCAACGAGAGCGAAGAAGUUUUGUUGAUGGUGAUGUAUUGCCAAUUUUUUACAAACUCGUACCAUCCGAAAAGAUUCGAACCAAGCGACGAAAUAUCGAUAUUGAAUCAGAUGGUUCAACUCUUAGCGCAAAUCCACUUCUGAAUAGACUAAUCAAAGAAAAUAUUGCUAAAUCAGGAGAUGUUAACCGACCACCUCAUGUUCGAGCUUUAUAUGUAAAAAGGGCUCAGAAACUAUCACGUAUAAUUGAAAAUACACAUUUAUAUUUAACUGCAAUUUAUUUGUUAACCAGUAAUGACUUUGAUUUAUUCAAUUACGUUUCCUUUCGUGAAGGUAGCGAAACAGCACACUCUAUUGAAUGA